AUGCGAUACGACUUUAUCAUUGUCGGAGCUGGAUCGAGUGGAGCAGUAAUAGCGAACAGGCUAUCGGAAAGUGGCCAAUUUAAUGUGUUGCUGCUUGAAGCGGGCGGUGACCCGUUGAUAACGGAAGAUGUUCCGUACUUAUCUGGCCUAAUUCUUAAUAACCCCAUGACCGACUGGGUAAUGCCAUGGCCUCGUGGAAAAUCACUUGGUGGGACUUCAAAUCUGAAUCAUAUGAUUUACAUGCGCGGAAAUCCGAAAGACUUUGACAAUUGGGCAACCCUCACGGGCGAUCCACAAUGGAAAUACGACAAUGUUCUCCCCUACUUUAAAAAGUUUGAAAAUUAUGAUGGACACUUUCCCAGCGAUGAAUACCACGGGAAAAAUGGGCCCAUGCAGGUCAACACUCAGUCAUUCGAACCACAAAUGGAAGACUGGAUAAAAUCUGGAGAGGAGCUCGGGUUCAAAAAGACGGAUCCUAAUGCCAGACAGACUUCCGGCUUCUUCCCAUGCGAUUUUACUUUAAGCAACGGAAAACGAUGGGGUGUUUAUGACGGGUUUAUUAAACCUGCAUUAACCAGGACGAACUUGAAGGUGUAUCGAUAUGCUCGCAUUAAUUUGGACGCUCAGAACCAAGCGACGGGAGUUACUUAUCUCCGACAUGGGCGAUUAGUGGUUGUUAAUGCGACGAAAGAAGUGAUUUUAAGCGCAGGAGCGGUAGGAUCUCCACAUUUGCUUAUGUUAUCCGGCAUUGGUCCUGCCACCCAUUUAAAAUCUGUGAAGAUAGAACCAAAAGUCGACCUUCCCGGUGUCGGACAAAAUCUUCAAGAUCACGUUAGCUGCUUGUAUGGUCCAUUUAUACUCAAUUCGACCGAGUCAUUCAUUAUGUCGAGAGAUCUGAAAUUUUCGUCCCUCAUAGAAUAUGCAACGCUUGGAAUUGGUCCACUCUCCUGGACCUACGUCUCCGGGCUGGGCUUAACUCACUCUUCACUGGGUGACCCUGACUGGCCUGACCUCGCCUUGACUUACAUCCCGUUGGGAAUUUACCCCACAAUUCAUAAAGACGUCGCUGCAUUUUUUGGCCUGAAGGAAAGUCUCGUCAACGACUACGUGUCAGACUUUCACGACAAGGAUGCCAACUUUAUUUUGGUGUAUAAUGGACUGCCGAAGAGCAGAGGGAGCAUCACGUUGAGAAGCAGUGACCCCUUUGAUGCACCUUUGAUUGACCCAAAGUACUUCAGUGAUCCAAAUGAUAUGAAAGUCAUGAUUGAUGGAUUUAAGUUUGCCGUCAAACUUUACGAGACGGCCAACACGUGGAAAAAAUACAAUGCUUCGCUCGUCAAGAAACAUUUUCCUGGGUGUGAAACUCACCCUUUGCAGUCAGACGCUUAUUAUGAAUGCUAUAUUCGACACGCAACGGCAACAAUGUGGCAUCCGACAAGUUCGUGCAAAAUGGGGAAUGAGAAUGACCCCAUGACCGUGGUGGAUUCCAACCUGAGAGUCAGAAAAGUGGCCGGUCUUAGGAUUGCAGAUGCUUCUAUCAUGCCGCAAAUUACCAACACCAAUACAAACGCUCCAUGCAUCAUGAUCGCAGAGAAAAUGUCAGCAAUCAUUUUAAAAACAUGGGGCUGA